UUGUCAUAGAUAUCUGGUCACACUAAUGUUGCUGCUUGCCGGCAGCAACUGGUUAACGGUCGUUUGUUAGUUAUUUAAUUUUUAAGCCAUGUACAAUUUGCGUAUUUUGCAAUGCCUAGGAAAGCUAUCUGGCUGCUACAUCACAGUUGCACAGCCACACAGACUGAUGGCCAGCCAGCACAAGCGACACACCAAAGUGGCAGUCGCGCCUUCGGAUCAGCUGGAGCAAAUAAAGGCCAAGUAUUUUGAGCAGCGGGACGAGCUAAGCUCCACUGAGUGGCAGAAUGUGCGAAGCUCUUUAAUUGAAGGCUACAGGCACAUAACCACUCACAAUGUAGACGCCGUCAUUAUGGGUGUAUGCAGUGGUCCAGAUCAAUUGCUUCUGGCCAAGAGUUACGUAGCCCAUCUGAAGAGUGAGGGCUGUACGCCAAACAGAGCCACAUUGGGACGACUGUUGCGAGUCUACAAUGCUGCACAUCAUGCACGUCCGCCGCUCAGUGAUGAGGAGCAAAAGGAGAUUUUGGAUAUUUGUCAAACGCUGCAGCAGGAACAUGAGAUUUUAGAUGCCACAACCUGUGAGAACGUGAUAUGCGGUCUGGUGGCCACUACAAAUGAUUGGCAACGUGGUAUACCCCUGCUAGAACAAAUGAAACUGACUACCCAAACUCCCACUUCAUCGGCUUAUAGUGCCCUGGCGGCAAAGGCUUUCUCUGUUCCGGAUCGCAAGUCUGAGGAGCUGGGUUGGCAGCUAAUGGAGGAAAUGGCCUUGGCCCACAAACUACCCAAAUGUGAGGUCUAUUUGUCAUUGCUGCAACACAGAACAAGCCAAAAGAAACUCCUACGUCUGAUGCGAUUCCUGGAGCAACAUGAAAUUCUUGUCAGUGCUCAAGUGGCCGAACGUCUAAAGAGCCUUACGAGGGGCAAAUCCAGUCAGGUGAAUAGGCUGGGCAAGUGUUUGCAUUGCCAUCAACAUUUGCAGCCGGUGGCCAUCAGCGAUGAACAGUUUCAGCAGCUAAGAGAAUCAUUUCUCGAAAAGGUUCUCAUCCGGCACGAUGUCUUUCAGAAAUCCACACCCGAAGAGGUGGAACGCUUUAAGGCCUAUGUUGAGAGAACAUUGCCAUAUGAUUGUGUUAUCGAUGGCCUCAAUGUGGCCUAUUCGAUGGGCACCAAAAAGUCACCUGCCCAGUUGGCCCAAUUGGUGGCCAAUGUGGUGCGAUAUUUUCGUGAGAGGCGCAAACGUGUCCUGGUCUUGGGGCGACAGCAUAUGCGUCAAUGGUCCAAAUCGGCCAUGCACUACAUUCAGGCCAAUGCCAGUCUGUUUUUAGCCCAAAAUCUCUCGCAUGACGAUCCCUUUCUGCUGUAUGCCACAUUGAAAAGUGGCCAGGAUACGGAUUUCUUCUCGCGCGAUCUAAUGCGCUCGCAUGCUCAUUUACUGGGACCUGAUUUAAAGCCAAUCUUUCGUCGCUGGCAGCAGGAACAUCAACACUCGCUUGUUGCACAAACCCAAACGGGUCAGAUUGUGGUGAAAGAGCCAAUUAGGUUCCGCCUUACCGCCCAUCAUUUGCGGGAGGAUGAAAUGUCCUGGCAUGUGCCAUAUUGUGAAACAUAUACGCCGAAGCCUCCAGACAGUUUUGAGAUACCAGAGCAAUGGCUGUGCCUAAAGCUUGAACCGUGAUAAAGACCGAAAUGGUAGAUCCUAGCUGUGUCCUUGCUUUCCUUCAAUAAUCGAUUUGUGGAAAGUAAAGAGUUAUGAUAAUA